AUGGAGGAUACCAAUUCCAGCAAAGAAGUGUAUUCUAAUUCAUUGUCACCGACAUCUUCUAGAAUUACAGACCAAAAACAAAUUAAUCUGGAUGUGGACCUAGAGAAAAACCAGACUGCGAAAAGCUCAGAUUCGCUGGAGUCCCUGCCGAAUGCCAAGAUACGUAAUCCUAAACACGGUGAGGGUUCACCGUUAGACUAUCCAAAACUAAACACAUACACGUUUGUACCGACUACAGUGCCACCAUAUGUGCUCGAGGUGCAGUUUGACAAGCUGAGGUGGCAGGGCAAGGGUCCAGUUAAUGGAAGUGUCACCGACGAUAAUGAAAUUCCAAAAGAAUUUAAAUGGGGGCAAUUUGCGUCUAACAUUGGCAAUCACGCCGCAUACUCCAGAGACCAAAACGAGAAUCAUAACCACCUCCUGAAACCAUCCGCCCAGGACAACUAUUCUCUGACAUCAUCAACGUCUUCGAAAAAUGCUGCUCGAAGAGAAAUUUUGAGUGAUAUGGCCAGUGAAUGGGGUGGUGAAGAACGUUUAGAAGGGGUAUUGCAUUCUGAAAUAGGUGCGAACUUGGAAUUCAAGACCAUGGAAGAGAGAAAGGAAUGGUUACAAUAUAUCGAAAAGGUAAAAGAUUUUUAUUACAGCGAUAAGAAAAAGAAUACAGAAUCACCUGAUUCCGCCCACAAUAAAAGUUACAAAUCAGAUUGGGUAAAUGAUUUAAGUAAAGAGAGAGAAAAGUGGCGGAGAUUAAAACAGAAGAAGCUACAACAAUGGAGACCACCCCUGACAUCAUUAUUACUGGAUAGUCAACACUUAGUCUUGGGUUUGAGAAUAUUCAUCGGUAUUUUGUCGUGUGCCUCACUUGCGUUAGCGAUCAAGAUUUUCCAAAACUCGAGGUCAAAUAAUACCAUCAGUGAAAGUAAAAUCGGACAACAACCAAGUACAAUAAUGGCCAUUUGCGUAAAUGCAAUUGCUAUUGCGUAUAUUAUUUAUAUUGCCCAUGAUGAAUUUGCCGGUAAACCUGUUGGGCUGAGAAAUCCAUUGAGCAAACUGAAAUUGAUUUUGUUGGAUUUACUUUUCAUAAUUUUUUCAAGUGCUAAUGUAGCAUUGGCAUUCAACACUCGUUUUGACAAAGAAUGGGUUUGUACUUCGAUUCGCAGGUCAAAUGGAAGCACAUACGGAUACCCAAAAAUACCGCAUAUCUGUAGAAAACAGGAGGCUUUAUCUUCUUUUCUAUUUGUUGCCUUGUUUAUGUGGGUGAUAACCUUUUCCAUUAGUAUUGUUAGAGUGGUGGAAAAGGUUAGUUCAAUCACCAACAGAAACUAA